AUUCUUUGAGGAGCCAAAUGUGCUUCCAGUGUGCUUCAGAUGUAUGGUGUGCGCACAACCUCACAACGGCCAGGAGUCAAGCUGCUCAUUGACAGACACCUUGCCCCCCAUGGCCCAGGGAUUUAGAUCUGCCUCCAAGGCCCUCUCCAAGCCCUGUGGGCCCUCAGGGGCCACACCUAAGGACGUGACGUCAGGCGAGGCUGGCUGCUCCUCCUUCAUCUUCUGCAACCUCUCAUCCUUCAUUCUUCCGUUACACAGAACCAGCAAGGGCGUCUCCUUGCACUUUCUGGAAGGUGCUCAGAGCCCAAAGGGGAGUCCUCUGGCAACCCUGUGGUGUGGGAUACGUGCCCCCAAGGGCCACCCUGGCUUCCUUGGCCUGACCUUCAAGAAGGCGGGCAGGAGGAAGCCACUCCCCCCUUGCUUUGGGCCAGAAAGGGGAGGGAGAGGCGGCUGCCCCUCUGAGCUUCCCAGGCUCUUCGCACAUCGGAUCGUUGCCCCAAUCUCUCCAGAGAGACUGGCAUGGAGCCCCUCGUGGUCUUCUUCCUCCUCCUCCUCCUCUGCACCUUCCAAGCUGCAAGGAUGGAUGACACAGGAGGGGUGAACCUUGUCGAAGGUUUUGGGGAGUCCGUCACGUUGCCCCUUGAGAUUCCUACCCAGAACAUCUCCACGCUCUUCUUGAACUGGAAGUCUUUGUCGAGGAAGAAGGCACUGGCUCUGUGGACCCCCCAGCACCCCUUGUUUGUCAUCGACGCUGAGUAUUCUGGGAGAGUGAACUACUCCAAGGAGAACAAUGUCUUGCAAAUACGCAACUUGACCCUGGCAGACGGUGGACCCUACGAAGUCGUGAUGGGAGUCGUCCCCCACGAGACCAUCUUAAAAAAUUACACACUGUUCAUAUUUCGCAUCAACAUCACCAAAAUGUGGUGGGAGAUCAGCUCCUGCACUUUGUUCUGCGAGUUGGGGGCCGGGAAGAUGGCCAACGUGACCUACAACUGGACUCUCACGGUGACGGGGGCCCCACUUUCCCAAAGCAGCCGCCUCGACCUCGUCAUGAGCCCCACAGAUGCGCAUCAGUCCUACUCAUGCGGCGCGAAGGCUCUUGGGGUCCAGGUGAGAUGGGACAUCUCUCCCUACGAAGACUGCGGGGUCAAGGCUUCAGGACUUUUCGUGGUGCUCUGCUACUGGGUUGCCAAAAUCAUCCUCACGCCCGUCCCCCUCUUCUCCCUCUAUUAUCAUCACUUCAAGAAAGCCAAAUCCGCACAAUACCCUGUCUCAAAGGAACGGACAGACGUGGACUACGAAGUCGUCCACUUUGAAGAAGCCAAUUAUGAAAUGGACUACGUGAAUUAAUGUCCACACGGAAACGAUUCCUCAGAAAAGGCGAGGGCCAAGUUUGCCGCUGCUCCCCCCUCCCCACCCGCCCCAAAGUCUCCAAACAUUAUUUCCAGUCUUCCGGGAGUCGGCAGCAUUUGAGCUCAGUGGGGCUUCUUUCUCCCACCUAAACAGUGUUAACGGAGAAAUCCGAGGGCUCCCUUGGACAAAA